AUGGCACCGUCCGCCAUCGACCAACGGGGACUCAUGACGAAUGGCAUCAACGGCCAUAGCAAGUGGCAAGCACCUGCCAAGGUCGACACCAUGAACCCCCACGACCAGGUCUACUUUGACCCCAAGCUGCAACCCAAGACGUACCAUAUGAAAGACACAGACUCGAACAGCAAGAUUCUCUUCCGCGGCGUCAACAUCAUCGACAGCACAGGCCAAGACCCCUACAAAGGCGACGUGUACAUCGAAGGCGAGAGAAUCAAAUACGUUGGCGAAGUCCCCAACGUUGACAGCCUCGCUCAGGACUUGAAAGUGCGGACAGUGUCAGGGCGUGGGCGAACGUUGAUGAGCGGGCUUGGAGAUGCGCAUACACAUCUCACGUGGGACAAUGGCCAGCUAUCCGGGUUGGGCGAUAUGGGUGUUGAAGAACAUACUCUACUGACUGCCCAAAGCGCGAGGACAUAUCUGGAUAGUGGAUACACGAUGUGUUAUGGCGCUGCUAGCGCCAAGGAGAGGUUGGAUGUUGUGAUAAGGGAUGCGAUCAAUGAGGGGAGUAUUCCCGGUCCUAGGUAUCUCGCUAAUGGAAAGGAGAUGGCGGUGCCGAAUGGCGAUUUGGCGCCUGGCAUCACGGCUUUUGCGAGUGGUCCAUUAGAGAUGCGGGAGAUGAUCCGACAUCACAUCAAGUUGGGCGUUGAUAAUAUCAAGCUAAGCAUGUCAGGGGAACAGAUCACCGAGACAAGGGAUGCCCAAGACUGCUAUUAUACCGACGAAGAGACCGCAGCCUGUGUAGACGAGGCGCACAGACACGGCAUAAGGCUUUGCGCUCACGCAAGGGCAAGGGACAGUGUCAAGAUGUGCAUCAAACAUGGGGUGGACGUCAUCUACCACGCCUCCUGGAUCGACGAGGAGGGCAUGGACAUGUUAGAGAAGAACAAGCACAAACACAUCGUCGCUCCCGGCCUCAACUGGCUCCACGCCACAGUCUACGAGGCUGGAGCCUUUGGCUACAGCUUCGAAAAGGCCGAAUCAGUCGGCUACAAGAAGGAGCUGGACGUCGCAAUCGAAGGACUGAAAGAGAUGCACAGACGAGGCAUCACUGUCCUUCCAGGGGGCGACUAUGGGUUUGCUUGGACACCUCACGGAACCUACGCCAAAGACCUUGAAUUGUUUGUAAAAUACCUGGACUUCACUCCGAUGGAGUCUAUCGUAGCAGCAACCGCCGGCGUAGCCAAACUCUUCAUGCGAGAGAACGAACUAGGCAAAAUCCUCCCAGGCUAUUUCGCAGACCUGAUCCUCGUCGAUGGUGACCCUGUGGCCGACAUCGGCGUGCUGCAGGAACACGACAAGCUCAACCUCAUCAUGAUCAAUGGCCGCAUUCACAAAGCCAGCUACAAGGAGUUUCUGAAGCCCGAACAGCUGAAUCCGAUCAUGGCACCGCUGGAGAAGGCGAGGCUUGAUAACUUUGUGGCGUAUAGACUCAGCGACGGCAUGGGACGCACGAGGAUUGGACAUUUGGAUCGAGAGAACGGGACGAUUACGCCUGUUUCGUUUGAGAGUGGGACGCCGGUUGAGAGUCUCUACCAGGUUAUUGAAGUUGGAGAGGAGAAUGUUAUUGCUGGAGAUGAGCCCUUCCCAAUGACGGAGGAUAUCGACAUCUUGCCACCACUGUCCGGCCGAAACGUCCUAGCCGUAGGCAAAAACUACUCCGAGCACGCAAAAGAGUUCAACGCCAGCGGUUACGAUGCCUCUGAUAAAGUCGACAUGCCCAGCCAUCCGGUCAUAUUCACGAAACGGGUGACGUCGAUUAUAGCGAAUGAGGAAGAUAUCUUACUACAUGAGGGGUUCACGGAGACGCUAGAUUAUGAAGGCGAGAUCGGCGUAAUCAUUAGAAAGGGGGGCUUUGGGAUUCAGGAGAACGAGGCGGAUGAGCAUGUCUGGGGGUAUACGAUUGUUAAUGAUGUUACGGCGAGGGAGAGGCAGAGGGAUCAUAAGCAGUUUUAUAUUGGCAAGAGUGGCGAUUCGUAUUGUCCUAUGGGUCCAUUGGCUCUGCCCAAGAGUGCUUUGCCUCGAACACUACAGGUGACGACACAUGUCAACGGCGAAUUGAGACAGAAGGGCACAACGGACGACCUCAUCUUCUCCAUACCCAAGCUCAUAGCCACUCUGUCAGAGUCGCAGACUUUACGACCGGGCGAUGUAAUUGCGACUGGGACUCCAGCGGGUGUCGGGUUUGGUCUCAAUCCACCGCAAUUUCUGAAGCCUGGAGAUGUUGUCGAAGUGAGCAUCACCGGCCUAGGAACGCUGCGAAACAAAGUUGCGAAAGCUGAGCCGCAAAACCAUGUCACGAAGCGUGUUGAGCAGGAGACGAGCAUUCCGACUUUGAACUUGGAGAGAUCGAAUGGUGGCGUUGGAUUAACUACAUUGCCUUCUGGAAAGCAACUCUACGCAAAGAUGAGCGGGAAAGGACCUUCGACGAUCGUAUUCCUCCAUGGAUUAGGAGGCACACAUUUGUUCUACAGCCCGCUUGUCAAUAUUCUCGGCCUGGACCAAGAAGACCAACCACAGUACACAAGCCUUCUCUUCGACAUCGAGGGCCAUGGACUUUCGCCGACGAAAGCGACCUCAAAAGUGACGAUCGAAAGCUACGCCCAAGAUGUCAAGGACCUGAUUGAUGUCCUACAACUACCCACCCGAAAUGGAAUCACCCUGAUCGCACACUCAAUGGGCUACCUCGUAGCCUCACUCUUCGCCUCCCGACACCCAGACCUAGUCUCCCGCCUCGUCCUGCUCGGACCCGCCCCCUGCCCCCUCCCCGCCGCAGGCGCAGACGGAAGCCUCCAACGCGCCGCCGCCGUCCGCAAAGGCGGCAUGUCGAGCGUCGCCCAAACCGUCGCCGCGAACGCCACGAGCCAGAAGACCAAAACCUCCAACCCGAUAGGCUACGCCGCAGUGCAAGGAAGUCUCCUCAGCCAGGACCCGGAGGGAUACGCGAAAGGUUGCACGGCUCUUGCGGGCGCGAGGGAUUUGCGUAUUGAUUUUGGGAAGUUGGGAGAGAAGGUGGAGGCUUGUAUUGUCACGGGCGAUGAGGACAAGAUUUCGACGCCGGGGCAUGUGAAGAGUUUGGCGGAGACGAUGGGGAAGGGGGCGAGGGCGGAGGUUUUGGAGGGGGUGGGGCAUUGGCAUUUGUUUGAGGACGCGGAGGGGGUGACGAGAAUUGCGAGAGAGUUUCUUGGGCUGUAA